UUAGGGCAAAUACAUUUUUUAUUUUUUUAUCAGGAUAGGAUUCAUUGUAAAAUGUCAGUUAGGCUACAACAGGAGGCAGUGAAGGGCCGUAUGAAAAUAAAAACUUGCUAUUCCAGCUCCAAGCCUAUUUGCUUCUUUAUCAAGGAUUGAGCACGCUACUAAUUUACAUACAAGGUGUGGUGACCAUGGUUUGUGAAUUUAGCAAACAGUAUAGGCUAUAAUGUAGGACGACACGGAGCGCGCCACGGAUUGGAAAUGUAGGCAAAACGCAGGAUUUGCAUUAGACACCUGAAAAGAGUCACAGAGGCUCCCCCCACUGGCGGUGGCUGGGAUCACUUUAUUGUUUUUGACUAGUGGAAGACACAUUCUUACUGGUUUAACAAAAAUAGAUGGCUAACCAAACUACUGAAGAACACAUGCUUGAAGUUGCUAGGUGAGGUUUUGAUUGGCUGAGGUUUGAGAAGCACGACCUCACAAAUCAGACCACAUGGAGGUCAAAGGGCGCCUCAUCACAUCCAUGAGUGUGGGGGCUCCAGAUCAGGAUAGCAAGCUGCAAGCUGAACGCAUCUCCGCACUGCAGGAGAGAAAGCAACUCCUGGAGGACCUCCUCAGCAGCCGAGUGGGAGAGCUGAGACAAGUGUGUCUGCUGGAGGCGGAGCUGACCGGGAAGGUCCCACAUGUUUUCCCCCUGGAGACAGGAGAGAGAGCUCCCGUUGUACAGCGCAGGGCUGGCCUGCCACAUAACAACACCAGGGGAGAGGAUGAGACAGGUCAGCGAAGGCAGAUGAAAACAAUCUUCAGUGGUGCCCUGUACAGGCACUCAGAGUCAGACAGGAAUGUCCCCAACAGCAGGAGGACCGUUCACCGGGGAUGCCACACAGAGGACACGGUGAUGUCAGAGAGCACUAGCUCCAUGUCAGAUUCAACAUCCCAUGACAACGAGGAGUCCUCUCCCAGUGUGGCAGCAGACCACCGCUCCAUGUCCCAGCCCCGUCUGUCCCUGGGCAGCCCAGACCACCAGGUCUGUAGGAAACUGUCCCCAGUGGAGAUAUACUAUGAAAUGAGGACGCGCCGUAACUCUGUGACCAGCUCCAUCAGCCCUAGUCAUUCUCUACCAAGGAGUACAUCUAAUGUUGAAGGCAGAAGUGUUCCUGCUACCCCCCUCAUCGCCCGGACUGCCCCAAUCAGUGUUCAUGUCAGAUCGGAUGGCUCUGGUGGGAUUGCACUAAAGCAGUGGUCUGGCAGCCUGGAUGUACCUCAUAUGGUGCCCUUAACCCAGGAAGGCUCCUCCUCGGAGCGCAGAGGCUGCCCGUACAGCUCCCGUGCCCGGCGGAGCAACAGUUCUGAGGCCUUGCUUGACCGCUCCAGUCUCCCCGAGGACCCAGGCCCCAGGAACGGGAUGCCCGCCAAAGGAGGGCCUUACAAAAGCUCUGAGACCCUCACUGAUGGCAAGCUGAGGCACAUCCACCUGGGCAGUCCUGAGAGACACUUGGACGGAUCUGUGGAGCAGGGCAACAUGCGGCUGUCCAUGGGUGGGAGAGGAGAAGCAGGGGGAGGGGGUUACAACGAGCUCCUAAUGGAUUACAUCUGGGGGAAGCAACAGAGGAUUCAAGUGCAACACCAGCUGUACCAAUCAACAGGUAGAAUCUGGCAGGACAUUUCCUCUCCUCGAUCGUCCACUGCUGCAGUGCCUCCUCAAGCCAACGGCUUCUCCCUAUCCCAGGUGCAUCUACCCAGUGCUGCCCCACCCUACAGCCCCAUGGUGAUCCGUGGCUCCCAGGAUGAGCCUCACAGAGUCAAAGUCACGCGGACCAAGUCCUGUGGACCCUUCAUCCCCUUGCAGCAUGACACCAUCCUGCUCUCUGCCUAUGAGUCUCCCCACCCUGCCCCAAGCUCCACUACCUCCUCCAUUCCCAACCUGCACCCCUACCAGACUGAGCUGUCCGGCCCCUCGUUCAAUCACAGGCCUCCCCAGUUCUCUCGCCCAACCCCGGAGGACUCGACGAGGAGUCUACAUAAAGCUCUGGCGCUGGAGGGUCUCAGAGACUGGUACCUGAGGAACGCCCUUGGCUACCCAACUACCACGUCAAAGGGGCAUGAUUCAGGGGUCUCCCGCCUCUCACACCCCCACCCUUUGGUGCACCAGGCUCAGUCUAUACAAGGUGAUCCACUCCAUAGGUCCCAGAUGUCUCAGUCAGCCAGCUUCCAUGGCCACCCACUGCAUGGAAGGUCAAUGGAGUUCUCACUCUAUCAAGAGCCCGUUCAUCCUCAGAUGCAAGACAUGACUCCGAAGGAGCCCAGCGCUGACCCUGGCACGUUGGUCUAAUGUAGCUGAAUCAUUUUUUAAACACACACACACACACACACACACACACACACACAGAUCCAGACAAUGUAAAGGGAGCUGAUAUAAGGUGACCCCACAAGCUAAAAAAAAACACAUUACAACCCCAGCAGAAAAAGACUGUAAAGCCGUUCUGAAUGCCCUGUUAUUCUGUAGCUACCGUAUACUGUAUUUAUUGUAUUCUAUCGUUGGUCAGACCCAAGCCACAUGUAACAAACAUCCUCCUUGUUUAACCUAACAAAUCUCCCAAUAUAUAAUUUUUUUACAGAAUAUAGUAUAUGUAUUCUAAAUAACUAUUUUGUAUCUUAUGAGGUAUAAAGAAUAGAUAUAGAACAGGUCAUUUAUUGCUCAUUAGUCUUGUGAUUUACAAACAUAUGUAAUGAACUCAUAUGAUCUAAAAAGUAUUUAGACACCAGUGAAUGUGUAAAUGUACAUGUUUGUAAAGAUGAAUAUAUUACAUCUGUCUUAUCUUUUCAUCUGUCCAUCAAAAAUGCAUUGGCUUGCUAUUUCUCAUUUUUGUUAAACGAAUGGGGACUUACAUUGCAAUAUGGUAGACUGAGGAACAGGAGCUGUGGCUCUGUGUUUAAAACAGAACCCUACCUUUUGUAAAAACGUUAGUGCUUUCUAAUAAUCUGCAAUGCUAACACUAAUCCUUUCAAAGCUUGGUCUUCAAUCAACAAAUGAAAGCAAUGCCUGUUGUUGCCAAAUUGAGUUGUUUCAUGCAAUCUCAUUUUUCUGCAUUUUCUGAGUCCAGCUGCUGAAAUGUCAUAAUAGUAAUGUUCAGAGGGCUUUUACUGGUCUAGGACAGUCGUUUAAUGAACUUUCUUGUCAUUUUUAUUCAUUCAGUUGCGUAGCAUGUUUUCCUUCAGAGCACUUUAUGAAUGUCAAAAGCCUUAACCCCUCAAAAGCAAGUAGAACAGUGGGAUGGGACAUUUUCCCCAAGAGAGAACACUUGAAAACCAGAAAAUGGUUGACAGGAUAUCAAGUUUGAGCAAAUAAGAAAAUGUGUGGCCCAAUUGGACAUUCAAGAUCAACAAUAAACCACACAUUUGGAUCUGUAUGUAUCAUGAUAAUAAGAAAGAUUUGACUAUAAAUUCCUUUUAAAAGGAUCUAACAAGAACAGGGCUAGGGAUGGCACUGCUGAAUGAUGGCAUGAGCAGGCCUUAUGUCAGAACUGUGCUAGUAGGAGAUUCCAUUUCCAAUGAAAUCAUGUUGUCAUACGCUACUCCUAGUGUUGGCACAAUGUUAUCAUAAUGAUAAAAAAUAUUUUAAGUCAUUAAUGCCACCACAAUUCAAGAGCUUCCCAUGAUGUGCUACGUGACCAAAACUAUGUGGACACCUGCUAAUCGAACGUCUCAUUCCAAAAUCAUGGGCAUUAAUAUGGAGUUGGUCCCCCCUUUGUUGCUAUAACAGCCUUCACUCUUCUGGGAAGCCCUUCCAAUAGAUGUUGGAACAUUGCUACUGGGACUUUCUCCCAUUCAGCCACAAGUGCAUUAGUGAGGUCGGGCACUGAUGUUGGGCGAUCAGACCUGGCUCGCAGUCAGCGUUCCAAUUCAUCCCAAAGGUGAUCGAUGGGGUUGAGGGUCAGGCCUCUGUGCAGGCCAGUGAAGUUCUUCCACACCAAUCUCGACAAACCCUUUCUGUAUGGACCUCGCCUUGUACAGGAGGGAAUUGUCAAACUGUUGUCACAGAAUUGGAUGCACAGAAUUGUCUAGAAUGUCAUUGUAUGCUGUAGCGUUAAGACUUCCCUUCACUGGAACUAAGGGGCCUAGCCCAAACCGUGAAAAACAGCCCCAGACCAUUAUUCCUCCUCCACCAACUUUACAGUUGGCACUAUGCAUUGGGGCAGGUGGCAUUCUCCUGGCAUCCUCUAAAACCCAGAUUUGUCCGUCGGACUGCCAGAUGGUGAAGCGUGAUUCAUCACUCCAGAGAACGCGUUUCCACUGCUCCAGAGUCCAAUGAUGGCGAGCUUUACACCACCCUAGCCGAAGCUUGGCAUUACGCGUGGUGAUCUUAGGCUUGUCUGCGGCUGCUCGGCCAUGGAAACCCAUUUAAUGAAGCUCCAGACUAACACUUAUUGUGCUGACUUUGCUUCCAGAGGCAGUUUGGAACUUGGUAGUGUGUGUUGCAACCAAGAACAGACGAUUUUUAUGCACUACGCGCUUUAGCACUCAGCGGUCCCGUUCUGUGAGCUUGUGUGGCCUACCACUUAGCUGCUGAGCUGUUGUUGCUCCUAGACAUUUCCACUUCACAAUAACAGCACUUACAGUUUACCGGGGCAGCUCUAGCAGGGCAGAAAUUUGAUUAAUUGACUUGUUGGAAAGGUGGCAUCCUAUGACGGUGCCUCAUUAAAAGUCAAUGAGCUCUUCAGAAAAGGUCAUUCUACUGCCAAUGUUUGUCAAUGGAGAUUGCAUUACUGUGUGCUCGAUUUUAUACACCUGUCCGUAAUGGUUGUGGCUGAAAUAGCAGAAUCCGCUAAUUUGAAGGGGUGUCCACAUACUUUUGUAUUUAUAGUGUAUGUGCUUGUCUGUUCUUGUGUAUCAUAGGUUCAUGAUUAUACCAUUAUAAAAGUGCAUCAUUAACUAAAUUAAUGGUAGGAAAGGAAUACCUCUGGAAUAAUAUUGAAAGUGUAAGUGUAUUUCUUCAUUGAUCAUUAUGGUGCAAACUGUCAUCUGAAAACAAAAAAAGUAUGUACGUAGCUAAUAAUGAUCUUUCAUUUUUACUGAGGAUAAUAGACUCAUGAAUGCCAUGGCUUUUCAUCUAUUGACAUGUUUUACAGCUGAAAAUGUUCCUUUUUCUCAAGUACCUUUAGUGGAAUGUUAUAUGGUUUUAAAUGUUGCUGUUUUCCCAUUCAGUAGUUAGUGUGUGAAAUUCUUCCAGCUAGUCUAAACCUGAAACGGAUGACCAAACUGCUGUGCAUUGGGGGUCAUAAAUGUAUUUUUCAGGUGAUGUAACUUAUGUCUGUAAAACAUAAUGAAUAUACACUCAGCUCAAAGCAAAUUUAUCCAGAAUAUAUAUAUUGUAUAUUUAUGAACUUAAUAAUAUUUUGUAUCUUUUUGUGAAAUACACUUCUGUCAUAAAGCCCAUACAAUUCUCAGCACCAGCAAGAUAAGUGUGGUGUUAAUUGACAUUUACAAAUGUAUUUGUUUUUUCGAUUUUUGGAGUAAUGCCACAAAUGAGUUAUAUUGAUUGACUGGAAUGAGUUGAGACAAGUUUUUUUCAUCCCAUUAGGCCAUGACCAUAUUUCAAAGGGGUGAGACAUACUGUACAUUUUUGGUGGGAGGAGGAUGGGGUGCAUUCAUUGAUCUUUUUUUAAUAAAGUGUAAUCAUGGUUAAUUAAACAUGUUGAAAUGGAAUCAUUCAACAACAAAAAAACGACAGUAUGUUGAUUUUCAUGUAUUUACAAUGUAAUGACUGUGAGUGAUUUGCCUCAGUUCAAUAAAAUAUGUAUCAUAGGACAUUU